AUGUCUGCAAUCGACUCUCCUUCGGUCAGUCCAGUAAGCUCACCGUCGGAGUUCCGCAUCCACAACAGAAGAGGCUCGCUACUGGACGUUGGAGGUGAGAAUUCGAUCAACAAUUUUGCCUUUGCCGUUCGACGCUCGGUUAACUAUCUCUCCUCGUCGGUAGGGUCCCGAACGACGCUCGACUCCGAGUCUGUGGUGCCGAGCAGCCCGCGCGUGACACCGCAAUUGCCGCCCGAAGAGCACACGCCGCUGCUAGAGCCGCCCAAAGAUGACGUCUCGGAAAUCGUGAUCUCUCUCAAGAGCACUCCCGUGCAGACAGUUUUCAACUCCAUCAACGUUCUGAUCGGACUAGGCAUUUUAUCUAUCCCGCUGGCAUUCCGGCUGGCAGGCUGGGUCAUGGGCACGGCCAUACUGACGCUCGCAGCGCUUUCAACACGAUACACGGCCGUGCUGCUGGGCCGGAUCCAGGCGCGCAACCAAUCGCUGAAAACGUACCACGACAUUGCGCAGCAGGCGUUUGGCGCGCGCGCCAGCGUGCUAGUGUUUGUCGUGUUUGCAUUGGACCUGUACGGCGCGAGCGUGACGAUGGUGAUCUUGUUUGCCGACUCGUUCAACGCCAUUUUCCAGGGCCUCUCGCCGGCGUUCUUUAAAACCGUGCUGUGCACGGGGCUCGUACUGUUGAACGCGCUGCCGCUGCGCAUUCUGUCGUUUUUGAGUUUUGCCGGCAUCGUGUGCACCACGACGACUUUUUGCGUGGUGCUGGUAUCUGGACUGAUCCACCGCACUCAGCCCGGCUCGCUGCUGCACCCAGCACCGACAAACCUGUGGCCGGCGUCCCUGCUGGAUUUGUGCUUCAGUCUCGGCCUAUUUCUUGCGCCCUGGGGCGGCCACGCAGCGUUCCCAGAGGUGUACGCCGACCAGAAACGGCCCGAAAAAUACACCGCGUGCAUGUCGACCGCGUUCUUGUUCAGCUACUCGAUGGACCUCGCCACGGGCGUCGUUGGGUUCCUCAUGUUUGGGCAAAUUGUGCAAGACGAGGUGACAAAAAAUAUCCUGCUUAAUAAAGCGUACCCGGCAUGGAUUCCGACGACGAUCGUCGUUUUGAUGGGCAUUCUGCCGCUCUCGAAGCUGCCGCUCGUGUGCCGUCCCAUUCUGUCGGCGCUGGACCGCCGGCUUCCCCCGCUGGCCGCCAGACUCGCCGUCAGUAGCGUGCUACUUGUGUCGUCGCUGCUAAUCACAAAUUUCGGCAAAAUCAUGUCGCUGCUCGGCUCCGCCAUCUGCUUCACCGUCUGCAUCACGCUGCCCCUGCUGUUCUACCUACGGCUUUACCAUAGGGAGACGCAUGCUAUUAGGACUCAGGUUGCCCGGGAUCUGGUUGGGGGCUAUAGGACUGUCGUGAGCGAGCUUAGCGCGGCGAUCGAGGUCGCCAUGCACACGCGGCCGGUCAACGUGCUGCGCGACGACCCCAACUUCGACAUUGACGUGGGCAUGCUGUCGGAGCUGGACCCUGAGCCGGCAGACCCCCACGUAGGGGCGCAGCAGCGGCAGAUCCGCGAAUUUGAUAUGCAGCACGCACUUGUCGCUGAGUCGUCGGUCUCAGACACCUCCAGCACGGUGUUUACGCGCAACUCUGCGCACACGGCCGCGACUGGGUUCAGUGGUGGCGGACGCUCGUCGCUGGGCUCUGUCGCGUCGAUCGGCCCGCUGGACGAUAUCAUGAACCAGAGUCUUGGCCAGCUGGAGUUUUCGUUCGACGAGCACGGCAACGUGAUCGCCAAUGCGGCAGGCGACGGCGUCGGCGACGUGCUCGACGUCGAUCUUGAUUUCGACCUCGAAGGGCCCGAGCUGCCCGAGCUGCCGCAACAGCAGGACAGAGAAGUGUCAAUUGUGGACCUGGAGACGCCCAAACGGGCGCGCAGCGACGCCGGACGGUUGAAAUUACGCAGACUUGUUUGCGACGCUGAGAUCUCGAUUUCCACCGCCAAAAUGAAAGAGGACCGCGAGCGAUACUCGGAGCUGAUGCUCUCCGGCCGCAGUAUUCCGCCAGUGUCGUGCAUGGAUCUUAUUAGUGCAGAGUUGCAGAAGCUGCCGCCCUUCAUGCGAUCGCUGCUGCAUUCAACAGCUGCUACCAAUACGUCGCGCCGCUACAGCCGUGCUUCAAGCGUGUCGUCCAUUGAAGAGGCCCGGCGUGCGCUUUCUGGCCAGUCGUCGCGUCGGGGAAGUAUCUCGAGCGCACACAUCCGGUUCGAAGAGCCGAUCCAAGAAUUGAGCCCUGUCGCAUUUGAGAACGACGACGCGAUGCUCGACAUCAGUUUUGGCGACGCGUCCGAGCCACGCGACGAGAACCGUCUGCACAGGUUUUAUGAGUUGCUGGUAGAGGAGUGUCGCGCACACGGCCGCAGACUGGACGAUAGCGAGCGGUCUGAUUUGAAGCAGAUCAGUUUUGACGUGCUGGUGGGCCCGUGCUCGAGAAAGGCCGCCGUUCAGCAGUUCAGCGACCUCCUUGAGCUCUGCUCAAAUAGCGCGGUAUAUUUGGAGCCAAUUGGCACGAACGGGCGGUCCAAGUGGGAGCUACUGCAGCCGGAAAAUAUCAACAUCGUUGCACAGGUUUGA